AUGGAGCCCGCGCCGCCGAGCAGCAACCGGAGGCAGGGGCUGCCCUGGAACAGGGCAGCCUCCCAGGCUGGAGCUGCGGAGCCGGGCGGCCGCCACAAGAUGGAGCCAAGUCACCAUGGCAACCUGGACCAAGGCCCGUCCUCCCCUGUUGGGUCUCAGCCUGUGUCACCCCGGGGCAGCAUCGUGGGAGUGGUAUCAUCUGGGUUGUUCCCUAACCAGCUCAGCUCAGAUGGAACUGUUCGGUACCAGCCAGAAGGAUCCAGCAGCUCCGUCAGUACUGUGUACAGUGGAGGGAAUGUGUCUCGUGGGAGUAGGCCCGACACUCUAUUUGAUCCUUUCCAUGUUCGGUCACAGCCUGAAGGGUCUCGUCACUCGGGGCUUGAGGAGAGGGCUGGUGGCAGGGAAAUCCAGCCCCUCUCUUUGGAUAAUAGCAGAGCUCAGGCAGAGGGUGCCGGCGGGUCCCAAAUGUUCAACACACCAAGUUUACGGUCUCCAGUAGAACUACGUCCACUUUCUCCAGCCUCUGGCAGCUCUUCUUCCCUUUCCAAUGUGUCACCUUCCUUGAAACUUACCCUGUCACCCAGUCGUGGCAUUAUGCCUGAGCUCUGUGCCUUGGACCCAAUGACCUCUGGCAUCUUGGCCGCAGUGGAGCUGAAGGACACCCUCCCAAAGGCCGAAUCUAGUGACCACAUCUGCCUGAACCGGACCGGCUCGUCCCACAGACCUAUGUCCCUCCCCAAAGCCGUCUCUAGUGAGUACAUUUCAGGUGGAAGGGUUGGCCCUUCAAAAUCAUCUAUGUUGUCCAAGGCUGAGUCAGAGGAAUUCAUCUCAUAUGGGAGGACAGGGCACUCCUCCAAACCACUGGAUGUGAGCAGCAGCAACAUUAACACCAAAGAAAGUCUUCUGGGAAGAUGGAACAAACCCAAACUCAAGCCAAUCAAUGAGUUUCGUAUCACCGUGGUAACCUGGAAUGUUGGCACAGCCAUGCCCCCCAGUGACGUGACAUCCCUCCUACACCUCAACACAGGGGAUUCCAACGAUACAGACAUGAUAGCCAUUGGGCUGCAGGAGGUGAACUCCAUGAUCAACAAGAGACUGAAGGAUGCCCUCUUCACCGACCAGUGGAGUGAACUGUUCAUGGAUGUGUUGAGCCCAUUUAAUUUUGUGCUGGUGAGUACGGUGCGGAUGCAAGGGGUCAUCCUAAUGGUCUUCGCCAAGUACUACCACCUGCCCUUUUUACAGGACAUCCAGACGGACUGCACCAGGACAGGACUGGGAGGAUAUUGGGGCAACAAGGGUGGGGUGAGCGUGCGCCUCUCCAUAUUUGGGCACAUGGUCUGCUUCCUGAACUGUCACCUGCCAGCACACAUGGAAAAAGCAGAGCAGCGCAAGGAGGACUUCACCACGAUCCUCAACUUACAACAGUUUGAGGGACCAUCAGCUAACGGGAUCCUCGACCAUGACAUUGUCUUCUGGUUUGGUGACCUCAACUUCCGCAUUGAGUGCUUUGACAUCCGCUAUGUGAAAUAUGCCAUCGACAAUAGCAUCCUUCACCAGCUCUGGGAGAGAGACCAGCUGAACAUUGCAAAGAGCACGUGGCCCAUUCUGAAAGGUUUCCAAGAAGGAGCCCUGAACUUCCCUCCAACCUUCAAGUUUGAUGUGGGAACCAACAUGUAUGACACCAGUGCCAAGAAACGGAAGCCAGCUUGGACGGACCGCAUCCUGUGGAAAAUUAAAGGCUCCAGCAUCCCAGCGCAUCCUGGGAGGUCCAGCUCUGGUGUCCUGGCCGUGAGUCAGCUAUGCUAUUGCAGCCACAUGGAGUACACUGUGAGCGACCACAAGCCCGUGGUCUCCAUCUUUUCAGUGCAAUUUGCUUCCAGGGCUGAUGUACCCCUGGUGGAGCUUCAGGUUUCUGAUGAGUGGACAAAGCCGGAUCAGGCCAUCAUCUGGUAUAAGGUCUCUUCGGCUUACCAUCGCAGCUCCUGGGACUGGGUUGCUCUAUAUAGGGUGGGCUUUCGCCACUACAAGGACUAUGUCGCCUAUGUGUGGGCAAAGCAGGACGACACUGAGAGCAACAUUUACCAGUUAACAUUUCCAGAGGAGUCUUUGCCUAAAGGAAAAGGUGAAUACAUCUUGGGUUACUAUAGCAACAACUACAGCAGUAUGGUUGGUGUGACAGAGCCCUUCCAGAUUUCACUGCCCACCUUGGAACAGUUAAGCAGUCCCACAGACAGUUCGACAGCAACUUCCGAAGAGGAGGACGACAGCACUCUGGUGCUUCUUGGCCCCAAGUCCCGCAGCCCCAGUCCUGGGAAGAUGAAGCGCCAUCGUAGCCGCAGCCCCAGCCUGGCCAAAUUCCAGGGCCUGAUCUUGCGAUCCUCAAGCCGGGACCAGGGCACCAGCCGCAGCCCUUCUCCCCAGGGCCGCCGCACCAGCAACAUCCUGAAGGCAGAUAUUCCCAGCAUCCAGUUUUCCAAGGACAGCGCCCGGCAACGCUCCAAGUCACGGGAGAUGGUGCCAAACCCAGAGAGCUGUGCGGGCCCUAGGCUUCAGGCAGCCUGGCGUUAUGACGAGAACCCCCUGGCGCGGGCUGACCCUCGCAAUCUGGGUUUGCUGCCAGCUGUGCGCUUGGAGACCAUUGACCAGGUCAUGGCCCACCGGCGGGGGAGCACUGAUCAGGUCCUGCCUGCCCGCAGAAUGAGCCCCACUAGCCCUACGGCGGGGCUGUCUGCCCUUUUUAGUACCUCCCCAAAGGAAGGGGGAUCCCAGGAUUCCCAAGAUUCCAACAACCACAGCCAUGAUGUGGGACUCUGAGAGGACAGAACCAGCCACCCUGAAAACCAUCCUGUGUAGCAAGCUUGCAGUAUUACUUCCUUGUGUCCUUGCCUGCCAGUGCUCCGCUGUGUGUGAUCUCUGUCUCCCCCUGGUGUGAUGCAAGCCCUUCCGCUCUGGGAGGUGCUGCCACUCGUGAGGCCCUGCCUUCUGACUCAGUCCACCUGACAAUCAACCCUGCCUCUCAUCAGGGGCUGUACAUUGUGAACAAAAGGCCUCUUCCUUUGAUUUCCCCACCUUCUAUCAAUCAUGCAGCCUCAAAACCUCCUCAUAAUGAACUACUUUGUUGAGUCCCCACCCAGUGAAGGCCUAGUUUAGCCCCAAGAUGAAACCUGUCCUCCCAGAGGACCAUUUCUGCUCUCAAACUGCAGUGCUGUGCGGGUGAGGGUGACAACUUUUCUCUAAAGGCCCUGGAGCCAACUGUCAGUCAGCUUGGCUGGAGAUGGCUCAGACAACAGGGGUAGCUGAUCUAGAGGGAGGAGCAAGUGAAACCCAUCCCCCUGACCGAAUUUGGAAGGGAGUGCUUGAGGGGGGCUACGUUCAACUGGGUGCAAAAGACUUGGGGGGCUUGGUGGCCAAAGCAAGUGCCACACAGAGUCACUGCUCAGCCCACUCCCAAGGAGAUGCCCAGCAACAGGAUCAAAACAAACGCAGAGCAGGCAGAAGCAGGAGAGGCCUAGAUUUAUGAACAGGAAGCAGGCCGCUUUACCAUCGCCAAGGCAACAGUGGCUCUGGUUGUACAGCCAGUUGGGGCUGCAGUGGUGGUGGUGGGGUUCCUAUAAUAUCGUGGCAUUUAGCAAUGAGUACCUGCCUGGCAGUUUUUGCUGGAGGAAGAUGAGGGGGAUGUAAUGUACAGUUGGUCCCACGGGGGCUGUAGGAACAAGGGCGUGGCUCUCUGUGUCUACAGUUCUGGAGCAAAGAUGGUGUUGGGGAGUCAAAAGCCUAAAGGAUCACUUUGGUUUCUUGGGCCUAGGUAGGCCGAUGAUGCCAUGGACCCAAGAACAAAGAAAGCUGCCCAGGGAACAGGGGGGAGGAAGGGGGGCUGGUCUCCCCGUAGGCAGAUCUAUGACCUUCG